AGUCUUGUCACUUCAUUAAGGGAGUUAAUAUAGCGGAGAUUAUUAAGUAGGAUGGUUGACCCUAUAGUUGACCACGCACCGGUUGUGGACCACUUGCGGCUUUGAGUGUUAAUAUUAAGUUUUCAUCUUGUUGGUACUAAUACAAAUCAACCAAUCACAUUACGACUAGAAAGAGACAACCAGUGAAAGCUACAAUUUAAUUUUGUUUUGACUUGUCGCUGACAGUUGCCAUUCAGCCGCCAUUAUAGUUUAGAAUAGUAAGGAUAAUGUUUAGAAAGGUAAGAACACUUUUAAUUUAUUAAGUAUUGUUUUUUAAUGAACUUGUUCGGAUGAUUGUUUUUUGUAAUCAUUUUAUGUUUAUAUAAAGAUUUUAAAUUAAUUUCAAAUGCAAACGAUAUAUUUUAUGAGUUAUUUUACUGAUUAACAAAAGGUACAUGAUUUGGUCAACGAUUUGUACACUGAAGUGGUACUCUUUUUUUUACUUUUUUUAACAGUUUCAUGUCCAGAAUAUGAGUUGUAACUCGACUAUCAAUUUUAACGGAGUAAAUUGCUUACGUUUCCAUUAGUUGACCAGUGGUUUGACAUUGGUACUGCAUACAAAUCCUAUAAUUGACCAAACUCUUAAUAUGAGUUUUGAUUUCUUGUUUUAGCUACAAUAUGCCACCAAAAAAGAAUUUAGAAUUAAUAAUAAUGCUUGCAACUUGUCAGAUCCUCAAUCAACAGCAAAUAUACAUAAUAAACGAGACUUUAAUUCUGAAAAAGAAUGCACAAUGCUUGCAGAAUCACCACUAAAAAAAGGUGGUAGUAAAAGGUUCAAUAGAAAGCGAUUGCCAGAUGCAGUUACAUCAGUAGAGUGGAUGCAAUACUGGAUUUUAAGGAACAAGAAGAAAAGAAAAUAGGAAAUUAGCAAGAGAAGAAAAAAAGAAGUUACAAGAGUUGAAAAAGGUUGAGAAAGAGAGAGUAAAAAAGAGAGUUCAGAAUAGAAUUGAUUCUGAUUCCGAUGAGGAUAAUUUACCUUUGAUCAAUUUAAUUACAGUAAUAAAGAUAGAUCAGACGAGGAAAUAGGAUCAUAUGUUAUAGUAAACAACGAGGGGAGUAUUUUCCCGGGAUUGUCAAAAAUAUUGACCAAAAGAGUAAAGAAGUUAGUACGAUGGUGAUAUCAACUUCUAAUACUUUUAAAUGGCCAGAUAAAGAAGAUAAAAUUUGGUAUGCUAACGACAGCAUAGUGGAGAAAAUUAAUGCUCCUGUGUCAAUUAAUAAUAGAAGUUCAUAUAAAGUACCAGAAAUGGCCAAGUAUCUUUUUGGAUCUGAUUCCUUUUUUAAUUUUGCAGAUUUUAAUUUUGAAUCAUUACGUGAAUUUAAUUAUGAAACUUAAAUAUUUUUUUUAACAAUUAAAAAAUUGUUAAAAAAAAUAUUUAAGUGAUAUUAACAAAGAAUUACUUAACCAAAACUUUAGAUUGUUUAAAAAGUUUAAAGUUUAAGUGAAGUUAUGAUUCGUUAUUUUAUGGUGAUUUGAAAAUGUGCCAUUUAGAUUUAAGAAUUACUAUUGUGAUUGUUGAGACUGACCUUAAUUUAAUUUACUUAUUGAUCUCAAUUAGUCCUAAGAACAAACCAUAAAGUUGAUUAUAAAAUACGUCUGCUUUUAAUUGUGAAUGUAGUUAUUAUUUCACUUUUUUAUAAAUGGUCAACCUCUGGUACAAAUCUUGAUAACAACCGGGGCCGGCUGGUCAAAUUAGGGUACAUCCCAGUUUUAUACCGAUUAUCUUGAAUAAUAAAAUAAACAAAAAGAAAUCAAAUAUUUUCCUUCCCACAUACAACUAAUAACUAGGUAACUUACAAUAUAAAAAAUAAACUAGCAAUAAAUAGGCAGUUAGGCUAUAUAGCAACAUUUUAAAGUUAAUAAUUUCCUUUAAUUGGUUUGAGACCGGGACAUCCACCCUACCUUGC